AUGACAGAGCUGUUAGGCGUAAGAUCCUUGUUCGAAAGCCCGAGUUUUGGAAGCAUGGAGGCUGGUAUGCAUGAUACCAUGGCGCCUGUGUCAACCUUGCCUUUGAUUGUAAGGUUGCACUGCCAUCUUCAUUUGUAUCGAAUACCAAAUUUACCAAUCCACCUUUGUUUGUGGUGUGUAAUAAUGUCCCUCGGCCAUUGUGAUUGUGCAACACAAUAUUAGUAUUAUUUGUCCUUAAUAAUGAAGUUCAAUGUUUUAAAACAGUCACAAUUAGACGAAUUUGUCUACGACCAUUCGUCUACCUGUUUUCUACAGUCCUUGGUUGUCAAUCCUGUGACGAGUUUGGCAAUGUUUUGCUCAGAAGCACCGUGUCAAUAAAGUUUCGUAUUUCUUUAAAACUUGACAAAAAUACGCGCUGAAUCCCGCUAAAAUUCUUGAUUUCUCGUCGGGGUCACCAUGUUCUAUUUCCUCUACUGAAAACACGUUUUAAAAUGUUUUAUUACGGUUCGAAUAACGUUUUUUAACGUUCUAUUAUUAAAACACAACAGUAAAUCUAUGGCACCAUAUUGUUCUCUCUCUGGCCAGUCCUCUCGGUCCGCGUCUUACGCUAUACUUCAAGUAAUCUAAACUGUUCUGGGCCUAAUGCAACAGGGCUGUCAAUUUCCCGUUUGUAAUACAAAAUUACUGAAAAACGGCAAACUUCGCAAGGCUAUAUUAUCCGCAUUUUACAACAUUUCGCAACGAAACUUUGGAAUAUUACUAAUUUUGUGAAGCUCUUUCAAGCUGUAAUGAAAUUUUUGUCUAGACUUGUUGAGAUCAAAAUUUAGUCUAUUACGCAAGUGGUCAAUUGUUCAAAGUUUAAACAAUAACGAGUGUUUUGGUGAAAACGAACGCAUAAAUUGUGGGUUUUUGAGCAUGUUACUUGUUAGGCAUUUCUAGUGACAUUGAAGCAAGAUCUGACAGAAGAAAAAGAAAAUCUGAAGAAUUAAAGCCUGAAGACAUCAACAUGAAGAUCUUCUUGGGUAUGGCAAUUAUAUUCCAGGUUUUCGCUUCCCAUUAUUUCCCAGGUAUAUAUUUUGUAAGCUGCACUAAUCACAACAUUGCGGCCGGACUGCGUAUCAUGUUCGUAAUUUAACUAUUUUGUCCCGCUUUCAGUUACAAGUAUGAAUCUAACAGUUCCCAUCAGGGUCACGGAAAAAAUAAAUGUUCUCUUUGCUUUCCUUUUGCAGUGCAUGGCGGAGAAACUGACGUGGUUCGAAUUUUCGAUGAAAACUUGAAGUUAACAGAAGAAAAAAUGAGAGGAUACCUAAAGGAAGUCGAUCUAGAAGGGCAAGGAUUCAUCAAAACAGUGGAAGUAUCCACUGAAACUGACGAAAACGGCAGAAUCAUCAAUCAUAAGAAAGAGAACAAUUUACUACAGAAAGACAGAUGA